GUUCAUCUUCAGAUUGGACAGUGUGGGAAUCAGAUCGGCUCAAAGGUUUCUUGAUAAAGGUGAAUAAAAUCUCUGCUUGUGUUUGAAGUUCUGGGAGGUGAUCAGUGAUGAACAUGGUAUCAAUGCAGUGGGAACAUAUGAGGGUGAUAUGGACCUACAGCUGGAGAGGAUUAAUGUCUACUUUAAUGAAGCACAUGGUGGGAAGUACGUUCCUAGGGCACUGCUAGUGGAUCUGGAACCAGGUACAAUGGACAGUGUGAGAGGAAGUCGCAUAGGACAGCUCUUCAGACCUGACAAUUUCAUACAUGGGAAUUCUGGAGCUGGAAAUAACUGGGCAAAAGGUCACUACACCGAAGGGGCAGAGCUAGUAGAGCAAGUAGUGGAUCGUGUCCGGAAUGAAGCUGAGAGCUGUGAUUGCAUGCAGGGCUUCCAGUUUGUUCACUCUUUGGGUGGUGGCACUGGUUCAGGAAUGGGCACCCUCAUCAUCAACAAAAUCCGGGAGGAAUACCCAGACCGCAUUAUGAAUAGCUUUAGCAUCAUGCCAUCACCUAAGGUUUCUGACACAGUAGUAGAACCUUAUAAUGCAACACUGUCAAUUCACCAACUAAUAGAGAACACAGAUGAGACGUACUGCAUCGAUAAUGAGGCACUUUACGACAUCUGCUUCCGUACACUCAAGCUCACAACACCAACUUAUGGAGAUCUUAACCACCUUGUGUCCUUAACCAUGAGUGGGGUCACAACCUCACUGCGCUUCCCAGGUCAACUCAACGCUGACCUCCGCAAGCUGGCCGUCAACAUGGUGCCUUUCCCACGCCUUCAUUUUUUCAUGCCUGGCUUUGCUCCUCUCACUGCAAGGGGUAGUCAGCAGUAUCGUGCUCUAACUGUACCUGAACUCACCCAGCAAAUGUUUGAUGCCCGUAACAUGAUGACAGCAUGUGACCCCCGUCAUGGGCGCUACCUCACCGUUGCCGGCAUUUUCCGUGGUCGCAUGUCUACCAAAGAGGUUGACGAACAAAUGCUUGCCAUUCAACAGAAAAACAGCAACUACUUUGUAGACUGGAUUCCUCACAAUGUUAAAGUAGCUGUAUGUGACAUUCCACCACGGGGCCUCAAAAUGGCUUCAACCUUUAUUGGAAACAACACAGCUAUCCAGGAGAUAUUCCGGCGAGUUGGGGAACAAUUUGCCAUGAUGUUCCGACGCAAAGCUUUCCUGCACUGGUAUACUGGAGAGGGAAUGGACGAAAUGGAGUUUACAGAAGCAGAGAGCAACCUGAAUGACCUGGUGUCUGAGUACCAGCAGUACCAAGAUGCCACAGCUGAACUGGAGUGGGAGCCAGAUGAGGAAGUGAUGGAAGUGGAGGGACCUUCUACAAGGGAAACAAGCACUAAGGUAGAGAUUAAGACUGAGACAGUGACAGAAACUACCAUCACAGUGUGAGGCUUAAUGUAAUAACUAGAGCUGAGUGACUUCAUAAGAUUUCUCAACAUUUUUUUGCUGCCAAUUGUCUUAUAUCUUAAAUAUUUCACGUUUUCAAUGCACGUUGUUUGUCCAGAAAUUGGCUAAAAAUCAUGUUUUAAUAUAGACCUUUAUUUAUUGAUAUAAAAAGAGAAAGAGAGAAAUGAUUAAUGCUUUAAUGUCCAUUAACUUGAUCCUCUUCAAUGUUGGAGAAUGUUUGAAAUUUGGUUUAUACAAUAUUCUACUUUGUCUUAUACAAUUUAUAAAUGUUAACUUUAAUGGGUAAAGGAAACAUGCUUCAUGCUGUAACAUUAAGAUGACAAAACCAUUUCAUCUGUUUGCUGUGAAUUUAUCAAAGGUGGAAUGUUUCAUUUUGUUUAGCAUUUUAUAACUUCUGAUUUCAAGCUUUUGAAAACAAAGGAAUUUGCUAUUCACAAUGAUUGUUCAGAUCAUUGUGAAUACUUUCUGCUGUAGACUGUGUAAAACACUUGUCUUGCUUCUUUUUCCAUUUCUAAAUUUCUAUGCAUGUUUUAUUAGUAUCAGGAUACACUGUCAUACUGGAUACGUGAAAACCUUCAUUGUAAAUACUGAAAUAAAAUAAUCAAAUGACUAUACAUAAUUCUCAUCGAUAAUGUUUGUGAAAUUAAACAGAGAAAACAUGUUAACCAUGAAGCAAUGCAUGAUACCCUCAUGAAAAACUGAACCAUCGAGCAGUCCCUCAGAACUGGCAUGUCACCCUCUCCUGACUUGCAGCCUGAGAGGACAUGAUUAAACAGCACCAACUCUGCAGAUAUUGAUAAGCAGCACAGAAGACAGUUUCCCUUAACAGACUUUAGUUAAGUCUAGCUGCAGAUAAAUUAGACAAAAACCAUCAUGGCUUUGAGAAAGGCAUACUUAAAAACUGGCAUGUAUAUCUGCAUUGCUGCACAUGGUAUUACAGUUUAAUUCCUUGCAAUUUUCUGUGAAAAACAAACAAACAGUUAAACUGAUUUUGAAUGCGAAUGUCAUUUUAACAAAUAGCCUUAUACUAUUGUUAUUAUAAAGACAUCAUCUGAACAUUCUUUGGAGUAAUACAUUUCCCACAAGCAAAACUGCGACCGCUGUUGAGCAUAAACGAGAAAGGAGACAUUUGGGAUUAAUCAUAAUUUAUUAUUAAAUGGAUAAACUGUGUUAAACUAAAGUCUUCUACCAUCUUUUGGUGGGGUGGAAAUAUCUAAUCCUUAAUCUUUCCAUGAAACUUGGAUAAUAGGUUUCCGUCACAGCUCCUACAA